AGUCGUGGUGGACACACCGCCAAGUCCCUCCAACCAGCUGAGCAGAGCUGCCAAGUUGAGUUGAGUAGGUUUAAACCCCUCAAACCCCACCCCACCCAAUAAUCCACCUCAUCCUCAACAAUAAUAAUCAACUAACGCCAACGACAAUAAUAAAGAUAGAGGAGAGAAAGAACUUUCAUUAGGAGGCCCUCAAAUUAUUUUUAUAUUGGAUGUUGUUGUUUGCUGAUGUUAGUGGGUGGUGUUAAUUUUUUCAUUCUGGGGGCAGGAAGAAGGAAGAAGAAGAAGCUGAGGGAGAGGGUGGUAGAGAGAGAGAGUGGGGACUCGUUUUUUUUCUUUUCCGUUUGGUAUUGUUAUCUUGGGAUCUGAUUUUGUCCUCAUACUGGGAGGGAGGGACGGGUUGCUUUUCUCUCUUCUUCUCUCCUCUCCUCACCUCACCUACCCUGCUCCCAAGGCUGAACAUCCGCUUGGCCGCUUGGGUCUGGUGACAACAAUCCCUGCCCUCUUGCCCUGCCCCCCAUGAGGAGCACACACACAGGUUAGGAGCACACACACAGAGUGAUUCGGAAGUAGCCUGCAUUCUAUCGGCGUGCUGAGCUGUUGAAGGAGCUCCGAGCCUCGUGCACGCCUCAAUCAGUUAAUUGAUUGAAAAAGGGAAGUCAGCAAUAAAUUUGGUCUGGAGAACUCUGUAGUUGCUUCUACAUUCCUAUGCAUUUGCAGUAAUCUUGACAAGUGAGUAGUCAAAGCUGAGAUAUGGCUACUUAUUACUCGAGCCCUGGCAGCGAAAGAGAUUCACAAACCAUGUACUCAGCAGAGUCAGGCAAUGCAUCAUAUCCUGUGCCAUCAGCCUUAGGGAACUUGCUUUAUCCAAACAAUGCAUUUUCUGGACCGUAUACGGAAUUCAGUGGCAUUAUCCAGCCUCAGCAGAAUUUCAUGGAGCUUCCUGGUCAUCCUUCAGCAUUGUCGCAUGAUUCUUCAUCAAAGGAGGCUACUAACAUGAUCACUUCGCUUACAGAGCAGCGCUCUUUUGGUUCAUUGAAAGAUAUGAGAAAUGAGAUGUUAAUGCAUUUUAUGGAUGGAGCACAGAACGGUGGCAAUGAUCUCAUCCACAAUGAUGCCCACAGCACUGUGCAGCUCGAGUUUGGCAUGUUGAACAACCACAAUUCAGCGAGUGUUCCAUCAGCACCCGGCCAAGGAUUGUCUCUGAGUCUCAACACGCAUAUCUUGGCACCGUCCUAUCCAUACUGGUCUACAAAGCAAGACAUACUGACGCCACAUUCUUACCAGGGUGAUGACAACAGAAUUAAGAAUAUGCAGUCCGAGGCCUCACGGGCUAUCCGGAAUUCUAAGUAUCUGAAGGCAGCACAAGAAUUGCUUGAUGACAUUGUCGGUGUUUGGAAGAGUGUAAAGCAGAAAGCAGACAAAGGACCCGCUGAAGCAGGAAAAUCAGAUGGCAAAGAGACUGAUGGGGGGACAAAAAGUGAGGGAGUAUCUUCCAACCCACAAGAGUCCGGUGCUAAUGUGCCAGCUGAGCUUUCAACUGCUGAGAAACAAGAGCUCCAGAAUAAGAUGGCGAAACUUAUGGCGAUGUUGGAUGAGGUGGACCGAAAGUACAAGCAUUAUUAUCAUCAAAUGCAACUUGUAGUCUCAUAUUUUGAUAUGGUUGCUGGGUCUGGAGCUGCCAAGCCUUAUACUGCAGUUGCCCUUCAGACAAUCUCACGGCAUUUCCGAUGUUUGAAGGAUGCUAUCAACGAUCAAAUUGAUGUUAUCCGGAAGAAACUUGGAGAGGAGGACAAUACAUCUGGCAAAGAGGGCAAAUUAACUCGCCUUCGUUAUAUCGAUCAGCAGUUGAGGCAACAGCGAGCUUUCCAACAGUAUGGUAUGCUACAGCAAAAUGCUUGGAGGCCACAGAGGGGGCUGCCUGAAAAUUCAGUCUCGAUUCUCCGUGCUUGGCUUUUUGAACACUUCCUUCACCCGUAUCCAAAAGAUUCUGAAAAGUUAAUGUUAUCAAGACAAACAGGGUUAACAAGAAGUCAGAUUUCAAAUUGGUUCAUUAAUGCUCGUGUUCGCCUCUGGAAGCCAAUGAUCGAAGACAUGUACAAAGAAGAGAUUGGUGAGGCAGAGUUGGACACAAACUCCUCCUCCGACAAUGCGCCACGAAGCAAGGGUAAAGUUCCAUCUUCUGAUGAAAAGGAAGAUUUAAAAAGCUCUACCAGUCAGGCUUGCCAAACCAGCCAACUGGGGGAAUCCAAGGCCAAAAUUGGGAUGAUUAAUCUCAGUGGAGCACCAGCCGGUUUUCACUAUGAGGCAAACCCUGAUGACAGCUUCAUGAACCUGAUGCUGAAGGACCAAAGACUGGGCGAAACGGAUGGUGGCCUCCUCCAUGAUGCCGUUGCCCAUCACUCGGAUGAGAGCGCGCGGUUCAUGGCUUACCACUUGGCAGAGCUUGGGAGGUACAGAAACAGCAAUGUGUCGUUGACGCUCGGUUUACAGCACACCGAGAACAGCCUUUCCGUUCCAAACACUCAACCGGGCUUCGCCAGGGUUGGAGAUGAAGACAUUUACAAUGCCACAGCUCCUCUCAAUGUUACCUCUGCGUCGUCAGACUAUGAGUCGACGAACCAAAUAGAUCAACGGCAACGGUUAGAACCGUCACCUCUAAUGCAUGAUUUUGUGGCCUGAAUGCUCAUGCACCAAAAACAUGGGAAAAUAUUGGAGGGGAGUACAUUUGUAAUUUGUAGUGCCAGAAUAACACGCCCUGUAACGCUUGGAAAUUGUAGCUGUAGUUGCAAUUGGGUUCAGAAGAGGAGGUAUAGCAUCAAAUAUAAUGUAAAUUUGGGUGGUGGGGUUUAUAGGGGUAAAGAAUCCUGUAAAGAGAAAUACAUAAUACAUGUAGAAUAUUAUGAUUCAAGAACCAUGCUGUAAAAAAACCAUGUAAUGAUUAUGUAUGAUCCAGGCAUAUACUGUGCAGUCUGUUUAACCAAAAAAAGAGGAUAUGGGAAAUGGAUUCAGGAGAA